AUUCUCUCCUAAAAUAAAUAAAUAAUAAUAAUAAUAAUAAAUAUUUAUAUAUAUAAAAAGUUUACUUAUGGCAAAGACGAGCAAGUCGAUCGAUAGUGUUGAUGCCGGAACUCUUGACGGAAAACUCUAUGACAGAGCACUUGAUCCACUUCGGGCUAAGAUGCGCCGAGCUCUCUUACCUCUAGUACGUGCAGAAACACCUGUACUUGCAGCUAUCCAGAAACGCAUCAGAACUCCAUGGUGGGAUGCUUACUUUCUCUGGACUGCUAAUCUCGGUACACACACAUUUUUUAUGAUAUUCUUGCCCAUUAUCAUCUGGUUUGCUAAUGCUGAGCUUGGUAGAGGGGUUGCAUGCCUGACAGCAGCAGGAGUAUUUUGGUCUGGCUUUAUAAAGGAUUUUAUGUGCUUACCUCGUCCCCUUUCACCUCCUGUUCAUCGUCUGUCGAUGUCUUCAUCAGUUGCACUUGAAUAUGGAUUCCCUUCAACACAUGCAACAAAUUCAGUCUCUGUAGGGUUAUAUUUGUUUGCAGUUUCAUGUGAUACAUUUGCACCAGAAUCAACUGCUCGUAUGGUGUGCGUGGCUAGCUGUGCAGUAUAUGUUGCCAGUGUAGUACUUGGUAGACUUUACUGUGGGAUGCAUAGUUUGACAGAUGUUGUUGGCGGUACUAUCUUGGCUUAUGCACUCUACUGGACCCAGUGGACUUUUAGAGCUGAAUUCGACUCUCUUUUUACUGAUGAUGGUUACUGGGUAUUUCUUACAAUUCCUCUCUUUCUAUCACUUGUUGGGAUCCAUCCUGACCCUCUUGAGAGAUGUCCGUGUUUUGAGGAUAGUGUGUGCUUUAUGGGUGUAUUGAUCGGUCUGUUUCCUGGAAGCUGGCUAUGCCAACACACUGAUAUAUGUGUCAUGUCUCUGACAUCCACUGCUACUCAACAGACUGGUCUGAAGGCUGGUUUGAUUGUUCUUCUAAAGAUGGUUUUGGGAGUAUCUGUGCUGUUUGUUUGGAGAAUGGCCUGUAAGAAAGCGUGCUAUGUAAUAUUGCCUCCUAUUUACAGGGCAUUUAACCUUCCACAUCGUAAAUUUGAAAUUGGUGCGAGAUAUUACAAGAGUCUCAAGAGUGAAAGCAUUCAUCCUAUUCCAUCAGUACUUGAUUUGCGUGGUCUGACAAGUUCGAUGGCCGAGUCAGACCAUGUUGGGAUGCAGUCUCCAAUAGAUCUACAUGAACGUAGAGUAGCAGAGGCUAAACAAUGUCAUAAUCGUAAAGGACGUGAGCUUGACGAAAAGGUUCCUGAAGAAGAUAUUUCUGACGACGAGCCUUUGCGUUAUGACAUUGAUAUUGUGACCAAACUGAUUGUCUAUGCUGGUAUUGGUUUCCUUGCGGUCUAUCCUGUUCCAUUGCUAUUCCAACUCCUAUUCGGUGCCUCAUCUUGAGAAAAAAUUGGACGCCAAGAAGUGCUGAGUUGUGUAGAUACCGUAUUUUGAAUAAAUACCUUUCAUUAAUUUAACCAAUAUAUAUAUAUAGCUUUUCUUUUAUGUUGAUAGUAACAUAUAUAAUUUUGCAUUAAUAAAAACAAUUUAUAAUAUUC